UCGCGGACGUCCGCAGACCCUGUCGUUCAAUCGCUUAUGGUGACCCCAUGGCGGUGAUGUCCUAUUCACGGGUUAACCUGACGGGACUGGCAUUGAUGGAAAAUGAAGGGGUCGACAGGUACCUGUACGUGGGCUCUGAGGACGGGAAGCUUUUUGAAGUGCAGUUCAACAGGUCCCGAAGAGACUGUGCACUAGAAGCAGAAACAAGCACAGUAGCAGAACCAAGCAAUGCUCCUGUAUAUUCUGGAGGUAGCCCUCUUGGAGGGGCUGAAACAAGCACAAUGCUCCUGUAUCUUCUGGAGGUAGCCCUCUUGGAGGGGCUGUCAUCGCGGGAAGGUGGAGCGUUGGACACGUGGGGAAUUAAGCCGUCCCGGGUCAAGCAGUUCGCUUUCAGAGUCUUGUCGGGAUGUGCGGACAAAUUCAGCGAGGGUCGAAGAAUCGGGGAGAAAGGAGCGUUUGGAAAGGCUUACAGGGGCUCGCUGGACGGCAAGGAGGUCGCAGUAAAGGUGAUGACGGGCGAGCUAACGGACAUCAAACGGAGCCAGUUUGUGGCCGAGGUGAACACCCUCAGCGGCCUCAAUCAUGCUAAUCUCGUACAACUAGUCGGGUACUGCGUUGCGGGCGAUCAAAGCAUCUUGGUGUACCCGUUCUUCAGAGGAGGCAACAUGCACGGGCGGCUGUUCUCCAAGGCCGUCGGUGGGAAGGAUGCAAAAGCGCCGGACACGUACCAAAGUGUAGAGAAUCCAUCCCCUCCGCUGACGCUUCUGGAGCGCAUGAGCAUCGCCUUCCAGGUUGCCAAGGGGCUCGGCUACCUUCACGACGCCGCCAGGCCGCCGAUUAUCCAUCGGGACAUCAAGAGCAGCAACAUUCUGCUCGGCGAUGGAUCUGGAGAGAAGCUUCACGUCGUCGUAGCGGAUUUCGGAUUAGCAGCCAUCUGCGAGAGGGUAUUAGACACAGGACAUGACCACGUCGUGCUGACCUCUCACAUCGGCGGCACUUUCGGGGGAUAUGUCUCCCGAGCACAUGCUGAGAGGAGAGCUGUCCGAAAAGAACGAUGUGUACUCUUACGGGGUACUCGUUCUGGAGCUGUUGACGGGCAGGAAGGUGGUCGCGCCGGCUCCUUCCGGGUUGGGAUGGCAGACGCUCGUCGAGUGGGUGAAGGCUUUCCUUCGAGGGGAAGUCAUCCAGAGCGGGAGCAUGGAGAUGCCCAACCCGAUACUCGAUCGGUGCUUGUGGGAUCAGGUGGCUGGAGAGUCGAUGAAGAAGAUGGUGAUGAGCGUAUUCCAACUGGCUUGGGAAUGCGUUCAAGAGGAGUAUGGGUCCAGACCAGCCAUGAGAGAAAUCAUUCAGCGGAUUCACAACAUGUUCCUGGAAGUGGGUUGGGAUGGCCUGACGGUGAUGAUGGUGGACCUAGAAAACGAUGUGGAUGACGGUGCAGAAUAGGCACACGACGUCUCAGGGGAUGAUGACUGCAAGUUUUAGAGCGGCUUCGAGUACG